ACGUGUGCAUCCACCGAUGACGAACAACACAGAACCUUUCUCAAAUUAGCAAUAUGCUACAGUGUUUUAGACCAAGAACAUGUCGUUAGAGCCUGAUUUCUGGAUUCUGUAGUAAAACCUUUUGUGGAAAAUGGCGGCUUUUAUCGCUCAUCCAUCGGUGAGGAUGAAAGGUACAGAGCACAACUACAACCCGGUCCUCUGCCAGGAUGAGACGUGCUCGGCCAAGGCCAAAGAGAGCCACAUGCACUGCCCGUUCUGCAGCAUCACCGAGGCCUACCAGGACCCAGUCAUCCUGCGGGCACACUACCGGGUCAAGCACGUGGACAAGGGCAUCGAUUUUGCUGGUUUGAAGGUACUGCGGUGCUGCAACCACUGCGAGAUUGUAGGCACCAUCAAAGGGGAGAAGAAAUUCAAAGGAGCUCACUGGCACUGCUACCGCUGCCGAAACGGCUUCAAUCGCCGCGACGAGGCCAUCAAACACUACAAAACCCACUUUCGGAACCCACACACCACCUUCCAGAUCCAGAUCACCCAGGAGGUGAAUAGCCGACAGUACUACGAGCAAAGCGCGGAGGCGCACCCAAAGGCCUACAGUGGUCUUGCCAUCGGUGCCGGCUCAAAUGGGGAUUAUAGCGCCAUCGGGCCUGUGCUGACUCAGACCAUCAUCGCCACGUCAACAAGCACCGACACCCUCCUUACCGAGGGGCCCAAGGUACAUUGCAUCUCUGCUGAACCAAACGACAGCAGUGUGAACAAUGGGAUUGCGGUGGGAGCUGAGGAGACAGUGGGGCUUUCCCAGCAGGCCACAGGCCAGCAGACGCUCGUCCUCAUGGAUCCUGAUGGGGAGACUGGUAACCUGAUAUACGACACAGCGGCCGGUAUUAUUACAGAGCAGGGUGGAGAAAGCCUGGACCAGAGCCUGCUGCUGGAGAAACAGCUGCUCGAGCUGCACCAGCAGAACCAGGUCCUCCGCACAGAGAAGGCCGCCAUGGAGAAGAGGCUCCGGGCCGAGAUCCAGCGCCUUAAAGACCAUAUGGCCAGUUUGGUGCAGGCCAACGUAAAGAUGUUUGAAGAGCUGCAGUUGUACCGUACUUCAGAAAGCAGUGAACAGAAGAUCAAAAAGCUUCUUGUCGUCAUUGGCCUUGUCUCCUCCCCUCGGAUCUCCUCAGCCAGGUAUGGCUCACCCCCAGCAGACCACAACACUGCCAACAGCCCCAGAAUCCCCUGCUCUGGGUGUCACCAUCAGCGGCAAUGUUCAGAAAUAUGCCAUGAAGAAGAAGAAGAUCCUGAACACAGAGGAGAACGAGCUGUUCGAGCUGACGCAAGCUGCUGGGAUUGCAGUGGACCAAGAGGUCUUCAAGAUCAUCGUGGAUCUACUAAAAAUGAAUGUGGCCCCACUGGCCGUCUUCCAGACAUUGAAAGCAAUGUGUGCCGGGCAAAGGAUUGCGGACACGUCAGCAUCAGACGUCUCCACAGCGUCGCAAACGGUCACAGCCCCCACCGAGCCCAGAGUGCGCAGCAAAGUGGGGCAGGGCCACGUGGAGAAGGGGGGCCGGGACGGGUCCAGCCAGCGGGUGCCCCGCCAGCCCAGCGCCUCCCGCGGCCAGAAGAGCGGGAAGAGCUCAGGAAGCAGCAGCUCAUCGUCACAGCUCACCUCCAGCUGAGGCCGCGCCCACAGCAGCGGCUAAACGCUAGAGAUCGGGACACACUGGCACUAACCCAGAGGGACGUAUCAGGACAGUUUGCAUACGUAACCAUGCUCUCUGCAUUCUUCUAAUCUUGUCUUUUUUUUAAAACUCUCUUUUUGUGGUUACUUGGCAAUUGCCUCUGACCCUCCUAUAAAAAUGUGGAAAUUGUAAAGCGGAUUAUAUUAUUUUUUAUUUAUUUGUUUCCAAUAAAUGUGUUUUUAUGGUUA